GCCGCAGGCCAGCAGCCAGUCCGCCGGCGAGCGAGCUUCGAGAGCGACGUGCACGCGCGCGACGCCACAGUGCAGAGUGCAAGCAGCCAGUCACGAACUUGCAGCCGCAUCAUCGGUCUUCUGCAGAGAGUCGAGCUUUCCCGAGUCCGCGAGCCCCCCAGGAGCCGAGUGCCCGAAGCUGGUAUACAUGGGUCCUAAACCCGCGAGACCGGCCCACAUUCACAUCGACUACAACACGAGCCUCUUCUACAACCUCAAGAGCAUCAAGUUCAAGUAGACGCAGCCCGCCGAGCAGCGGAUCAUAUCGCCAUUAGCAGGAGAGCGGCAGCGAAGCCAGCCCAGCCGCUGCAGCGUUCCAGUCUCGCGAGGCGUCCCCUGAUCGAUCCGCGGCGCAGACCAGCAUCGGCCCGACGAACCGCCUAGGCGCUGGAGAGUGGAGAAUGGUGGUUAAGCCGGAGGAGGUCGGGACGACUACUGGCGGCAGGAGGAACGGCCACGAGCUCGCGCCCUUGAACGAGGAGCGCGCCUUCGGCCAGCAGAGCGCAGUCUCUCCCGGCGCCGGGUCGCACAACGUCAGCAUCCUCGUCGCCGGGAACAGCGGCAAUGGCGCCGCGAGCGAUGCCCUCCAGCAGCAGCCCGAGCCGAAGCAGGAGAACCGCGCCGAGUGGAGCGGCAAGAUGCAGUUCUUCCUCAGCAUCAUCGGCUACAGCGUCGGCCUCGGCAACAUCUGGAGAUUCCCCUACCUGUGCCAACAGAACGGCGGCGGUGCUUUCCUCAUCCCCUUCUUCGUGAUGCUCAUUCUGGAGGGAGUCCCGCUGUUCUUGAUCGAACUGGGCCUUGGUCAACGGAUGCGUCAAGGUGCUCUCGGCGUCUGGAACACGAUCCACCCCUGGCUCGGCGGCAUAGGCAUUGCCUCCUGCAUCGUGACCUUCUUCGUCACCCUCUACUACAACGUCAUCAUCACCUGGUGCUUCUACUACCUCUUCAAUUCGUUCAGGGCUGUUACAUUUAGAUUUGGCGAGCCGCUGCUCUGGUCGGAAUGCCCGAAGAUCGACAACAGGUCGGUCGAGGAGUGCGCCAAGAGCUCGGAGACGGCGUACUUCUGGUACCGCACCACCCUCGACGCGGCACCGUCGAUCGACGACGGCCAGGGACUCAAGUGGUGGAUCGUCCUGUGCCUGCUGCUCAGCUGGUUCGUCGUCUUCUGCAUCAUGAUGAAGGGCAUCCAGUCGUCGGGCAAGGUCGUCUACUUCACAUCCUUGUUCCCAUACCUGGUACUCACCAUCUUCUUUAUUCGCGGGAUAACUCUCAAAGGUGCCGACGCGGGACUCGCUCACAUGUACACGCCCAAGGUCGAAAAGCUGCUGGAGCCGACCGUCUGGUUGGACGCUGCGACGCAAGUGUUUUACAGCUUUGGACUAGCUUUCGGGUCUCUGAUAGCCUUCGGCAGCUACAACACGCCCGAGAAUAACUGUGUGCGAGAUGUGAUCCUUGUCAGCGUCUGCAAUGCAUUCACAGCCAUCUACGCCAGUGUCGUGAUCUUCGCUAUCCUAGGCUUUAAGGCCAUGUCCAACGUAGACAAGUGCCUUGAAAACAAUCGAAACUGGCUCGUCGAGCACGGCUUUCUUCUCGCCAACGCCACGAGCGAACAGUUCGACAGCGCCGUCAAACGCUUCAAUUCUUCCAUUGAUAACAAUACGCUAAGCGAAUGCAGUUUGAGCGAACAACUCGACAACGCUGCCGAAGGCACGGGACUGGCGUUCAUAGUUUUCACGCAAGCCAUCGUCGAGCUUCCUGGGGCGCCGUUUUGGUCCUGUAUCUUCUUCUUGAUGCUCCUAGCGCUCGGGCUAGGUUCGCAGAUUGGUCUUCUCGAAGGGAUGCUGUGCGUCGUAUUCGAAAUAGAUCUGUUCAAGAGAAUAAAAAAGCAGUACAUAACAGGUGUCCUAUGCUUGUUCUGCUUCUUCGUGGGAUUGAUAUUCUGUACAGGAGCUGGAGAGUAUUGGCUCAAAAUGUUUGAUAGCUUUGCUGGCACUAUCGGCCUCGUACUGGUCGCGCUGAUGGAAAUGCUGGCGGUCGUCUACGUUUACGGGCACAAAAAGUUCACGCAAGAUAUCGAAGACAUGACUGGCUACAGACCAGGUUUAUAUUGGCAAAUAACUUGGAAGUACCUGGCUCCAGUAAUUAUGGUUGCUAUCUUAAUCGCCAGCAUUGUAUCCAUGUUCAUAAAAAAACCCAUGUACAGUGCAUGGGACGCCUCUACGGGAACGACUGUCCCGAUGUUUUAUCCAGACUGGGUGCUCGCCAUCGCGAUAGUUAUAAUACUGGUUGGCAUCGCGCCGAUUCCUGUAGUAUUUCUAUUAAGGGUUACGCAAUGCCAUAAACUGGAUGUAGAUAUUCAUCAAGGUAGCAUUCGUCGCAUCGAGACCACUGUGUCUACUAAAGAAAUGAUGGGCGAUGUCGAUAUGGACGAGUAUCAUGACCGUCUAGAGGACUUCCCUGAAGAAGAUGAAGAUGACGGUAAUAGUGAUGAUGAUAAUAACGGCCCACCUACGCUUGCGAAGAUAGCCUCGAGUAAUAUGAAAGGAAGAGGUUUCAAAAUGGAAGCGAUGAACUUUUAAGUGCAUUCACGAUAUAGUUGUCUCGAAUAUGCGUUGGGAAUUCUUUUUGGUAGUAACUUUUUAUGAUUGACGAACGAGCUCUACAAGUAUUUUAGGAUAAAUGCAGGAGGACGAUCAAUUUUUAUUCUGUCUACACAAUUCCCUGAAUAAGCUUUCGCAAAAACGAAUAAAAGAGGAAUGAAAUAUAAAUAUAAAUAUAUUAGAUACGGAGCAAACUACGCGACACCUCAAAGAGAUUUAUGCGACUUCGUGUCACUAACAAAAGUCUAUUCGAAGCACAAAAUAGAUGAUAUUUUCAGAGAUCCAAGUGUGGACAAGGAUCACUUGCAAGAUCUAUGUAAAUACAAUUGUUGUUGUGCUUUGAUAACAGUUAACAGUGGGCAAUAUGAUAAAUAGUGUAUUUUUGUAAGGCGUCGACUCUAUAUCGAUGUGAUCAUCUUAUAGUAUUAUAUGGGAGACUGUUCUAAAUUGGCAUACAGUUAUCACGCAUUUCGGCUCAUACUCCCUUCAGUCUUUGGAAUUAUUUAUACUUCGCUUAUUAUUUAGCGCGAUUUUUUACAUCUGUCAUCGAUUGCUCCACCUACUGUUGAGUUAUUUUUUAUUUCUAUUUUUUAGAGAUCUAUAUACAAAUAGUGCUAUAGUUUACUCAACUAUAAAUGUGACAGGAAAAAUAGUUCCUAUAAUAAUGAGUCUGAACUAUAUGACAAGCAAUUUAUAAGAAUAAUUUAUGAGUGAUUAUGCAUUAGCAUAUAUGUUUAUUUCAUCAUUAUUUUUAGAAUAUUCUCCAUAUUUUAUGAAUACGCGUGGAUAUCUAUAUAACGAGUAGAUUAUGUAUGUAUGAUCUACACGCAUCUGAUGACGCUUGUUAUUCUGUGCCCGAUGUAUAAUCUAUGUUACGAUUGUUUGGAGUAUCCAAGAGAGACCUUGAAAUACUUGACUUGCAUCAAUUAAUUUGACUCUUUAAUUCAUUAGUUCAAUAUUUCAGAGUGUCCUUUUAGACUAGUCUCCCUCUUCUAUACCAUUUUUACGAAUCGAAAUUUUUUAUUUGAGAUUUUUUAUAGAAUAUUGUUGUUUGGCUGGUCCAAGUUUUUAAACAGAGGAACUGUGUGCAGAAUCUUUUAUUGCGUGACACCUGAAAGUGCUGCGGCGAUGGCGGGACAUCUUAAAAAGAAGUAUUUUGGAUGAGCGAUCAGGGCAGUGUUUCUUUUCUAAUUCAUUCAUAAUACGUAAAGUGGAUCAAUAUAAGUAGUACAGAUGAAGAAAGUUUAAUAACUGCCAGCUUUUUUAUGCAUUUUUUUUCGAUGAAACCAAAUAAAAUUAAUAUUAUACGUUUGGUGUAAACGAGAAAAUCAAUCAUAUAACUAUAUAAUAUGACCAUAAAAUUUAUUAAUAUGCAGAGCCCACUGUCGGUUGUCCUACAUUUACGGCUGUACUUAUGUACAUACUUUUAAAAUUAAGCGCUGAUCGAUAAGAUUGAUAACAAAUGAAAUGUGAUCUGACAGAAUUUAAAUAAAAAGUAAAUCGAAAGAAAA